AUGCCUGGCUGGUGUUUACCUGGGGACAUGGAAAAAUCAGAGUACCCUGUAUUGGUACCGACCCAUAUCAAAACCAGAAAUAUUCUCCGUUGUGCUGGGUCCAAUGACUGCUUUCCUUGUGUGCAAGUGGAGGUGGACAUGUCUGUGGACUUUCUAACAGAGAAGAUUGAAGAGCUGCAAGGAGAAAAUUGUGAUGAAUACAUCUCAGAUUCUUAUGUAAUUGUUGAUGACGAAGACAAAGAAUAUGAAUAUAAUAACAAAGAAUAUGAAUAUGAUGACAUCUUUACUCCAGAACCUAAAAGUCAAAUUAACGGAUCCUACCUCUGCACUAAUCUCUUCAUAUCUCGGGUAUAUCUUUCAAAUUCAUACUGUGAAAUGGUCAGAGUCUCCAUACCCUUAGCCUCUGUCCCACACCAUCAUGGUAUGGGUAACAUGACGGUGGGUAAAGUUGUACUUAGCUGCUUUGACUCAUCUCCGGGUAAUGAGCAGAUAUUUAUGGUGUACACACAGCCAAGGUACCAUGGUGAGCUGCAGAUAAAACAUCAGGUGGCAGGGUGUGCGAACCUGAGUGGGAUAGAAGACAUUAAGCAAUGUCAAGUACCCAGGUUGAAUAUCUCGAUUGGAAGCAACAUCACUGUGCGGUUAUUGGACGCAACAAGCAACCGAUCUUAUAAUUUAUUUCUGACUUAUAAUAUGAACAAACCGGUCAAAGCUUUUAUUUUGAAGGGUAAAGACAUCUUACACAUCCCCAAUACGGAUAUAGUACCCUGUUUGUGUUUUUUAGCUUGGUGGACAAACUUGACAGACGCAAGAAGAAAACCUUACUGCCCUUUUCUAGACUCUCAUCAAUAUGAAGAGAAUAUUUGGAGGCAAAGUAACCUUUCUGUGAUCAUAGACAGUGGGAUUCUGUUGUAUGAAUUCACAGCACCGUGUAAUAGGUCUGUAGAGGUUUCCUUAUGCUUGAGGUCCAGCGAAAACUCCAGAUGCCAGGAGUUGCCACUCUCCAGGACCACUGUUUUUAUCCGGGACCGUAAGAUAUUUCCGAACCUGCAGCCACAUCCAUCUCUCUGCGUACAGGUGACAAAUAGGGACAAGAUUCUGCACACACGAUGUCCAAAUGAGGACUCCAGCAACACAGUCAAAAGAAAUGAUGUAUUUAUCCAGGUCUUGCACUAUCCGUAUCCAAACUCUUCUCUCUGCAUUAUGAAGGGAGGUAAUUGCAGUGUCCAGUACAACUUAACUGACCAGGCUUUGAGAGGAAUUGGAUUACGAGAUCAGAGAGCACUACAGGAUUUCAAGUCUGAUAAGUGUAUGAAGUUUAAGGAAAAGCCCUUUCAAUCUAACGUGAAACUCUCAGGAAGUGCCCGACUGUGUGAAUCUGAGUCCCAGGACUUUAUUGCUAUUUGGUUCAUAGGGACAACUCCCACAUACAAAAAUGGCUUUAAUUCAUCACAGGAAUAUCAUUUAAAGGGACAUGAAACCCAUUUUAAACCUCUGCUUCAGUGUGUAAAAUUAAUGGCUGGCGAUAACUCCCUUGAUGAAACAUUCAACCAUCGUAAAGUCUUAAUUCUGUACUCCCCCGAUAACCGCGCAUAUGAAGAACUUGUGAACGUUUUAGCAUCCUCUUUAAAGGAGCUGAAACUGGACGUGGUGCUGGAUCAGUGGCACCGUACGGAUAUGAACAAAGUUAACCCUUUGCCAUGGUAUCAGUCACAAAAAACAUCAGUUUUGGAAGAUAACGGCAUUAUCAUCCUACUCUUUUCUGAAGGUGCCAAACAGCGAUACUUGGAGUGGAAAGAAAAAACGCCCUUCCCAAAAGCCAGUUGCGACCCUUAUGGAGCUUUUGGGGCCAUAUUAAACUGUAUCUUUCCCGAUUUUCUCUAUCGGACAACAGCAGGUCGAUAUGUAGUUGCAUGCUUUGAUCAUCAGUUUAACCGAGGCGACAUUCCAGAAGUAUUCCGGGUUGUUCCUAAUCUCACUUUGCCCUCACAAUUGGUAGAAUUGUUGACCGAACUUGCAGGGUCCAAACUGAAGGCAAAACUAAAAAAGAGAAUGCUGCAGCGGCUCUCUGCAAAGGUCAGAAAGAAACUGCAGAGUCCCAUGCAGAAAUGCCAACUGGAUGGGCAUCAGACAAUCCCACUGGACAAACAGAUACCUGUUUCAUUGUAUUCAGAAGGAAACGAGUUAAUGGAAUUACACAAUUUAAUUUAAAGUACUGUUAUAUUUCAGACUGCACAGCAUGGUGUAAUUUCUUAGUAUGUACUGAGGCUAGUUUUGUUGUUGGGGCUUAUACAUUGAAGCCAUUCAUAUAGGCCUAUUUAUAAAAAGUCUGUCGGACCUGAUCCAACAAUGCGGAUCAGGUCCGACAGACAUCGCUGAAUGCGGAGAGCAAUACGCUCUCCGUAUUCAGCAUUGCACCAGAAGCUUACAAGAGCUGCUGGUGCAACGCCGCCCCCUAUAGACUCGCGGC